AUGUUUAUUAGAAAUUUGUGUAAUAAAACUGCAUCGCAUGUUAAAACAACUCACAUAUGCAGGUUUUGGAAUUUAACAACUUAUGAAAUUACGAUUGCUAGAAGAUUAAAUAAAUCUAAAGGUAGUGUUCAGCUUAAUGGAAGAAGUAAAGCAUUAAAAACCACCAGCAGAAAUCCACCUACACUCGUCGUUGUCGUUAUCGCUCUCCACAUUUCUCAAUUUACCAACUCAAAUGUGGAAAUGUGA